AUGGUGUUGUUUGUUGCAGUGGCCCCUGUUCAAGGAGCAAAUAAAUCGUAUGAUCUUCCAGAACUCACUAUCUUCAGCAAUUAUACGAAGGAGUUCACGAUGCGUGUGUCGCGAUACGUUUGCAUAGAGACACCGUACCAGAGAAGCCAUCUCAACUACUGCAGAUCACAACUGAGACGUAAUCAACCAACUCUUUUCAACGUAUCCUUGCAUGUUCCAGAGCGGCUUGACUAUGCGUACAUUCAGGUGAAGACGUAUUACAAGUACACUACUUUUCAAACGUUUUCUGUCGAAAUGACCGUCGAGGUGUGCUCAUUUCUACGCAAUCCUUCGCCGGAUGUCAUCUCUAGACACAUACUAUCAGUUUUGAUAGAGCUGAUCCCCGCGUUCGCACAUCAUUGUCCUCAUGGGAAUGCCACGUAUAACGUACUGUUCUGGCUGGAGGAGAGAUUCUUACCGAAAUCGGUUCCGGUAGGUGAAUAUCGCAUGGAUGCGUGGUUCCGCACACACGACAAUGUGACCAUCUUCGCCUAUAAGGUCUACGCAUCGAUCCGAGGUAAAGGAGUGUUCCGCUCGAUGAUCGAUUGGUAA